AUGGCUGAACAUGCUGGUGAUGUAGCAACAGAAAGCAUUACUCCAUGUGACAGAUACAAAUCUCCAACCAUCCCCCAAAAUCUUUUAUAUACACUUCAGUUUAGUUACACUCCAACCCAUCUGCUGAUCAUGGAGAGCCUAAACACCAAAUCUGCUCAAAAGCUUGUGAAGAGUACUUCACAUGCUGCAGUUGCAUCUAUAGCCAGGGGAGUUGUGAGAUCCAUUCCACCUCAACAAUCCAUCAAGAACCAAUCUUUGGUAGGACUACAAAUAUUUGUUUCUCAACUUUUAUAUGUCAGAGUUUCGAGAUCAGAUGAUCAGCUGAAAGAGAGACAGAUUGAAAAAUAUAAGGUUUCCCAGAAACCUCUCACAAAAGAAAACACCAAGCCACUUGAUAUCAAGCUCCACACCCAACAGAGAGCUGUUAAACGUGCAAUGUUCAACUACUCAGUUGCAACCAAACUGUAUCUCAUUGAGCACCAGAAGAAGCAAAUAGAGAAGGUGCAGAAGAUCAUCGAGGAAGAAGAGGUUCGGAUGCUGAGAAAGGAGAUGAUUCCAAGAGCUCAGUUGAUGCCUAUAUUUGACAGGCCCUUCUUUCCACAAAGAUCAAGCAGGCCUUUAACAGUUCCAAGAGAGCCAAGUUUCCGCAUCAUGAGUGGCAAAUGUUCAAGCUGUAUAUGUUGCAGUGACCUUUACAGUUUCCACACAAUGAACCCCAUUGAAUAACCAAAAGGGACCUGAUCAAAAAAAAAAUAACCAAAAGGUCACAAAAGAAAAUGUCAUGGAUAUUAUACCCACGAUGGGUACUUGUGUUCUGUGCUAGACUACUGUACUAGUUGAGUUUCUCUGGUGUUGUGUCCAUGGUAGUGCAUGUAUGCUUUGCUAGGCUACUCUAUAGGUGUUCCAAGUUCUACUAUGUAGCAGUUGAGUAGUAGCGGUU